AUGGCCGAUGCGGCGCAGAUCGCAAAGCUCGGUCUCUUCGUCAGCGCGGACUACAUGGGCACAUCCAUGAUGCGGAGCCUCCUUCCACAGCUCUUGGUCGGCUCGUCUGCCUCCGCCGUGGGCAGCCUCGAGUCGUGGUAUGGCCUGGGUCAGACUCUUGGAAGCCUUUCCCUUCCCUACCUCAGCGACGUGCUGGGGCGGCGGCGUGUGCUUCAGCUUUCUUGCCUGGGCACAUCUGCAGGCUAUGGCUUGUCCGCCCUCGCAGUCGCUUCGGGAGAGCCGGGGUCGCUCGUCUUGGUCGGCCGGGUGGUGGCCGGGCUCACGAAGCAGACCCUGACAAUGGCCCGGGCCAUGAUUGGGGACAUGUACGGCCAGGAGUCGCGUCAGUCCAGCAUGGCUCUUCUGACGCUCUUUUCCUGCUCUGGCUACCUUCUGGGCCCUUUGAUCGGCGGCUGGCUUGCGGAUUCCGCGGGCGUGAUGGCGCCUUUGCGCUGCGUCUCCGCGCUGUUUCUGCUCCUCUUCCUCCUCUGCCGGGCACUGCCGGAGACGGCGCCCGCGCUGCAGCGCGAGGCGCCGGCCGGCACCAGCGACUGGGCCACGCUGCGGCAGCCUGGAUCCUGGCGCGUCGUCGCGGUCGUCGCGCUUCAGGAGUUCGUGCUGACUGGCUGGACCUCCGUUUCGCGCCCCCGCAUCAUUAAGAAGCGCCUCCCUGGCGGCUUUAGCUCAACUGCUCGCUACGACACCUGGCUGAUUCUCUGCGUCAUGCUGGCCUCUGGGAUUUGGAGGACCUUUCCAGGCAUCGACACAGGCCAUGCCAUGAUGGUCGGCAUCGCAUUCUUCGCACUGGGCCUUGGGAUGCUUUGCUGGUCCACGGACGCUGGCUGCCUGUUUGCGUCGGCGGCCGUUAUCGGGGUUGGCAUCAGUGCGACGAGGACGCUUCCCGCCACGCUGCUCCUGAAGCUGGCGCCAGACCUGAAGCGCGGUGCCGUCAUGGGCAUGCUGGACCUGGUGGGCGCCUGCUGCCGGGUGGCGGCGCCGCUGCUGACUGGGCGCAUCAUCGACAACUUCGACGACACGGCAGGCCUGGCGUUGCUUGUGCUCGCGCUGCUCCUGGCUGCGACCCUGCUUCUGACGGCCCAGGGCUCACAAAGUGCCUGGCUUAGUGCUGACAAGGCCAAGGCAAGCUAG